AUGGAGAACAAUCAGGAUUCCCAUCCCUUUCAAUUCUUUGCACAUGUUAGGUUAGAGGAUCCAAGUCAUUUCCUGAAUGAAGAUGAGUAUGAAGUCUUGCAGCGACUCAUGCCCCUGAUACGGACGCUUGAAAGGGAACUUCCGCGUCGGCCACAACACGUCUGGGAAUUUGAAGGGCGGUUCAGUGAGUUCGUCCGUGAAGAGACCAGUGCUUGGAGACAGCGUGGAACUGAGCGACCAGCUCACUUUAUCCUACGUCCUAGUGGAUCCAUCGCUGCCCCCAUAGCACACCAUCUCCUCAAUCCAACGUUCUAUGUCACGGAUCCACACAGUAAUGAGACCGACGACCCAAGCAACCCAACCAUCUAUCUACUACACGAGAACGGAUUCUCGUCCCAGAAUUCAUUCAUGUUUGACCAGAUUUGCCGCAGAGAGGAGACACUAAUCUAUCUUCACCUCUGGACAGAUGACGUCCAAAAGCCCCACGAUGAUUUCGUUCGCGAUCUGCGUCAAAACAUGUCUGCUAUCGUCGAGAUAUGUUGGGGCGAGGUUGUGUGGAGGAAAGUAGAACAGCAAGGUCGGCUGAUUCGAUUCCCUUUAUGGGGGAAGUAUAAAGAUGUCAAACUCUAUUUGGACCUAGAAGAAGAUGGAAAAACACUAAAACGCUUCGUGUUUUGGGUGCACCACCCUCAGUGGUUUUUUUCAGCCCAGACCACGUACUACAACGAACGGUGUCCCUGA